AUGCUCCACCUGCCGUCGCAGCCGGGAUCUCCACAGCUUGAAAUUCGGCGGCCACCGAAGAUCACGAAGGAGCUGAAGAUAACUCCGAACUUGAGACCCGGGAAGACAAGGGAGAAGACCAGGCGAAGCGACUUGGAACAACAUCGAGCUGGAGAUGUCCCACCGCUCCCCAAGUUGCUGGCAGAUGGUCUGCCCCAGUUUCAUGAGAGGUGCCACGGGGAGGUCUGGCUCGCCGAUGCCUCGGCAGAAGUUCGAGAGAUGCUCCCCUCAACGGGGAAGCUCGAGCCGCUUUUGGUCGACCAAACCAAGGCCGAGGCCUCCCUCGUCUUGCCCGUCCCUCCCGUCCCUCCCGUCCCUCCCCUACCACCCCCAGCCACCACGGCCUCGGAAGCCCAGAGCUCGGCCUCGGCGCCUCCCAAAGAGCCGGAGCCUUCGGAGCCGCCUUCGGAGCCUCUCGAGCCCACGAAGGCCCGGCGCGUGGGCGUCGUGAGCGUGGCGAACGCCGUGGCGGCCUCGGGCACGCACAACGUGCUGCUCGGGCUCCGGGAUUUUUUCGACCGGCCGGCCCUCGCAGGGUCCAAGUUGAUCGGUAUUCGCAACCUGGCCAAAGUGCACGAGUUCGACAUCGACGACCGCUUCACCUACUUCUUAAACCAGGCCGGCAGUGACCUCCUGCCGACCAUCCACAUCCGCUGGAACAACAUGUUGCUGAAACAGGUGACUGAUAUUUGUGACAGCUUGCAGCUGAAUGGCUUGGUCUUCUUGUGUGGUCCCAGCGAGGUGCUAACUAUCGCAAGAAUCACCGAGCACCUCCAGAAGGAGCGGCCCGCCACCACUGUGGCUACCGUCCUUCACAGCGUGAGUGGUUGGGUUACGCAACCGGAUUGGAUCCAGACAACCCUAGGCUUCGACAGUGCCUGCGCCGUCUUGAGCGAGGUCGCGGGCAACCUUUCGCUCAGCAGGCAAGCUUUGAACCGCGACAUCUACCACUUCGUUUCCUGCGGCUCCAGCACGCUGACAGUCGAGGUGGCCAUGCAGAUCAGACCCACCCUCUGCUAUGUUGGCGAAGAGCUCUUGCAGCGUGAGAUGACGUUAGAGAUGAUUCUCGAGGAAAUUGUGGAGGUUAUCGUCACACGCCACCAUGACUACUGUUUGCACGCUGGCGUCAUCAUGAUCUCCGACGAUUUCUUCCCCAAGCUGUAUCAGACCAGAUUACUCCGCCGCGAGAUGCACAGGCUUCGCUGCGAGAAGCCUGCCGAGCUGUGUUCGGAGGAAGUCGCGUUGAGGAUGCUGCCUGAAGCGCUUGCUAAGUACUAUGCGCUGCUGCCCUCUGACGCACAGAAUGCCCUGGUCUUCAGGACCGAUGGGAUCGAUGGGCUUCCUACGUUUCCGUUCAUGGAAGCAGAGCGGGUUGUCGCUGCUCUUGUUGCGCGACGCCUCGCGCUGAGAGGGAAAGAGGGCAAGCGAACCGUCAAAUGCUUCGAGCAGCAUCCGCACAGCUUGAGGCACAUUGCUUUGAGUCCAAUGCCGACGGUGCUGGACUGCAAGCUGGGCUAUUCAUUGGGUCAUGUUGCAGGGGCACUUAUCGAACAGCAGCAAACGGGCUACAUGGCGAAUGUCCGAAACAUCCAGAAGGACACCAUAGAUUGGCAGCCAUGUGCGAUCCCUCUGGCACGGCUGCUAAAGCCGUCUCCCGAUGGUCCGCACCUUGAGCCUAUUGCCAAGCGACGGCAGUUGAACAAGCAGGAAGAUAAUGCUUUCAAGCUCUUCGCGCUGGUGCGCGAGAAGUGGCGAUAUGCCCACAGCUACAGGCAGCCUGGACCGUUGCAGUAUUGGAGCCCAAGUGGUGCCUAUGGCUAUUCAUGGUGGACUUACACGCUUCGCGCCGAGCUCUUCGGCACGAAGGACCUCGAGCAUGAGUUGAUCAAGGAAAGCGACGAGUCAGGUUGCGCCGAUCUCCCGGACCCGUCCAAGGCAUCCUGGUUUCCUUUCGCAUCGAUGUUGGUCUCUGACAGUCAUCAUCCGUAUUGUGUGCGCAUUUUUAUCAUGACUAUUUCUAUGGUGAUGACAAUUUUGUGUUUUUUAGGGCUCAGGAUGGGUGUUCUGUUUCAUUUUUGUGAAGCUCCUGGUUCGAAAAGGAGGUUUCGGGGGUAG